AUUCAUAAAAUACAAACUCCUAUCAUAUCAAACUAGAAUUCUGUAUGUGUCUUGUACGUGUGUGUAUGUGUGUUGGAAAAGAGAAUAGUCAGGCAAUAGAAAUCAGUGACUUUUUGAAAGAAGAAACGACAAAAAGUAUAACACGAAGAAACAUGCAUCAUAUCAACAACUUUUUUUGACUUACCUCGCACUGUGACUCAACAUUAUGAUACUUCUGUAACAAGUAACAAGGAAAGAAGUUUUAUUAUCUGAAUUUGUUCUGGAUAAACUUUUAUAUAUGAAUAUGUCAAACUGACAGUGACAUAUUAGAAAUUAUAUCAUUGAGAGUUUAGAAUUAUGAAAUGGGAUCUAUAAUAUCCCAUCUCUUUAGACGAUUUCACAAUAAGAAACAUUUGCGAAUUCUGAUGGUUGGAUUAGAUGGUGCUGGAAAAACAACAAUUCUGUACAAACUAAAACUUGAUUCUUUAUUCCCUCCAGGUGAAGUUUUGCGAACCAUUCCUACGGUGGGCUUCAAUGUAGAAACAGUAGAACAUGCCAAUGCCAACUUCACUGUUUGGGAUGUAGGAGGACAAGACUCUCUCAGAAGGCUAUGGAAACAUUAUUUUCCACACACACACGGAAUCAUCUUCGUGGUGGAUUCAUGCGACAUAGACCGGAUAGAAGAAGCCCAUCGCGAGUUGAAAAACCUAACCUAUGAAACGGAGCUAACACAAGCGAUUCUCCUGGUUUUUGCAAACAAACAAGACAUGCCUCAAGCAAUUUCGACUUCGGAACUAUGUGAUAAAUUGAAAUUGAACGAUAUAAAGGAUAGAAAGUGGCAUAUACAGGGCGUUAGUGCGUUAAGAGGCUCGGGGUUGCUCGAAGGUUUCAAGUGGUUGUGUGAUGAAAUAAGUGUAGAUAAGAAAUGAAGUAGAAAUAGCGGUAAAUGUUUCAUAAAAUGUUUGGAUGAUUAUUUUCUGGAGCUUUUGUUUCUGUGAUUAUCUGACUUAUCAAGGAAAUAUUCCAUCUAUACCAAUUUCGCAUUUAAUAAACCUAUGUAAAUGUUCUUGAA